AUGCGGGAGUGCACGAUGUGCCACACCAUGUUCUCCACCAAGUGGCGCAAGCGAUGCAAUCGCUGUCGACAGCGCAAGGCGCCCAAGCGCGACCAGGAUACUGGGCACAACGAUCUCUGCCCCCUCUACGAGGCCAUGAAGGUGCAGGGCGCCUUCCACUCCGCGCUGGACGCGGAGCAGAAUCGCCGCCUCGUCGGCCACUUGCGCGUUUCCUCGUGUUGGAAGUGCGGAGAAUGGGGA